CUUGUCGGCCUCAGCGUCGCCUGGGGAAGAGCCAAACUUCAAGCGUGUCUCGCCAAUCACAGCAGGGUGCCCAGACCAAGCCAAGAUCUUCGGCCAAGCAACACCAAGGCCAAGAUUCACCCAGGCAAAUCGCAUGUAACUUGGGUUCUUGUCCUCUCCUGGGGGCUUUGCUAUAUCAUGCUCAUCCCGUCCGCUCCAAAUCCGCUCCAAAUUCGUCGUUACCAGCCACGGAUGCCCAUCGAGACGUAGCGCGAACAUCGCCGCCUGCCGGUUAUGGAAUCCCGACACCCGCCGGCGCCCUGCUCGGCCACACACGCUCAAAGCCACAGCAGCAGCCACUCGUCGCCCGCCGAGACCGACUAUGAGUGUGAUUACAACGAGAAAGACACAUACCCGCGCAAGGACAGCACACGGACAGACUGUGCCAGCAAGUCUACAUAUGGCCACGUUCAUGAUUCCGUCAUCUCGCCAUUCUCGCCAAAGACCUCCGCGCCGCCAAGCCUCAGCAGCAGCAUCUCCAGCAAUGUAGGACGGAAGCACCAUUCCGUUUCUGAGAUCCAGGAGACACACGACCGCGAGAGCCGGCAGAGUCACAGGGUAUCAUAUCCUCCACGCGCGCAUUUGGAAGAUCCAGAGAAGGCCAACUCCUAUGAUUUGCCGUACGAGCACCGCUCGCAGAACCGCGCCUCAGUUCCAAAUGCAGUUGUGUACGACAAGAGUGAAUAUCACGAGAAAGGUCCUGAGGAUAAGACCUGGCAACUACUAUUCUAUCUCUCUGCACCGGCCGCACUUCUCUCUAUCGCAAUCACCUUCUGGACCAUCAUCGCAAUUCUAAUCUCGCUUGCGCUCUACCCAUUGCGCUUCUGCAGCAACCGCCCGCCGCUCUCCACUCAGCUUACGACGUUCCUUGCACCCGCUCUCAACCUGCAACUCCACCUUGUCUACUCGUUCGAUGCGUCAGAAAGUUACAGCGUACCAAUGCUGGUUAUCAUCCACCUCUUCUCGCCUAUCAUCGCGUUCGGUGUUGCGAUCGCUUCGUGGACAGCUGCAGGGUUCUGGUUUUUCUCGUCCAUUUUGGGCGACCCUGGGGGUCACGACGGCGGCCGUCAUAAUGACGGAAAGGACUGCAUUUUGGGCGUCAGGAAUUACUGGGAGAGGUGGCUCUCGCGAGGACUGAAAUGAUUUAACCUCGAGAUUUAAAGAAGAAGCUUUCUAAGAGAAGAUUCGAUUCGCGCAUCACAAUUUCACCAUUUUAGCGCUCUUCCAGUUGGAGGAGCAGCAUUCAGCGGCAUGGCAUG